AAAAACAUUAAUAUUCGUAAGCACCCUCUUUAAAAAUGUUAACGCAUGCGCUGAAUGUAACAAUAUAACUAUGGUUUUCCCUUCGUGCUAGUCCCAUGGGAUAUUCAAUCCAAUGUACAACCAAUACCUUCCGUGACAAAGAUACAACGAGUCAUAUAUAUUUUCAGACCCAGCGAGUGUAAUCAUGUUCACCGUCAACUCACUCAGCGGCACAUUGACAGUUAACGAGUCUGAUCCGGUGACUUUACGAUGCCAGAUUGAUAGUAAUCCAGGAUCAGUCAUCAGGUUACUGAAUGGAACUGAGGAGUUGACAAGGGCAGAUAACUCCAUGACAUCAGAAUAUAGACUGGAGUCAGCAGACUGUAGACAAAGAGGGAACUACUCCUGUACUGCCGCUAACAAAAUCGGGGCACCUGUCAGCCAGAGAGUGGAGUUGCUGGUCAAAUGUUAUCCAAGACUAGAUGGGACUGUUGCCCAGCAACUCAAAUACGCCUCUAGACUGGAUGGUAAUGUGAACGUGUCUGUGUCAGUCCUGGCCUACCCCCUUCCUACAUUCACCUGGAGUAGAACCAACAGCACCAGCCAGGACCUCACUGGUUCCUCAAGCCCUGUCUCAGACAUCUCAGUCACUGCCAGACUACACCUUACUGACCUCCAACAGCAGGACUUUGGGGACUACAAUCUGACAGUGGACAAUGGUGUUGGCGGUUCAGUGGCCUACACAGUCAGCAUAGUGUCUGAAGGGUCACCACAGAUGCCUACACAGUUUAGAGAUCUGGAUAAUGCAACAACGUCGUCGGUAUGGUUAUCGUGGCUGCCUGGAUUCAAUGGUGGACACCCUCAGACGUUUCUGCUUGAGUAUCGGCAGUUUGCUACAAGAACUUGGACUGUCUACAAGAGUUAUGCAGACACCGGCAAGAUGAUGGUGGUGGAAGUGACUGGGCUUACACCGGGAGAUAUUCACAUAUUUCGACUACAUGCUAGAAAUGACUAUGUGGAUUCUAACAGAUAUGUAUUUGUAGAAACUAGGACUGCUGGAGAUCCACCAAAUCAGCAAAAACUCGAAACUCCAUGUUCGUAUACCGGGGUAAUAGCAGGAACCACAGUUGGGGGUAUUCUGCUUACCUUGCUCAUCGGGGGAAUUGUUCUGAUGGUACUGUACAGAAAGGGAUACAAGUUCGGACAUAUUCCGAAAGAAACUGCAUUACGAAAAAGCACCAGGAAUCCUGAAACUGUAGAAAUGGACAACAGGGGGUAUUCAUCAUUUGAUCAGAUAAAUGGUCCUGCCCAGUAUUCAAAUUUGGAGGAAUCAGAAAAACAACAGUACACACAGUUGAAGAUUUAUGAGAAUACGAAAGCGGAUGCUGCAGCAGAUACAAGUACCUAUGAAGGCAUGGCAGAGACUCCCCCUGUCACCUAUGAGUCCAUCAGAGCAUCUCCAUACCAGAACACUGAGGCACAUUCUCAAGGUCCUGACCACGGCAAUAAGUAACGAGGAAGGUAGACAUCAUCAUAUCAGAUCCAGUAACAGACCAAGGAACAUGGGCAGCAUAUCAGAAUCCUUUCCUUUGAGUAAAACAUCGUUAGACCCGUGAAGAACCGGGUUAGAAUAGGUCUUCAGCAAUCAAUGAUCGCUGUAAAAGGCGACGUUGCUUGUGGUAAGAGGCGGCUAACGGGAUCGGUUGGUCAGGCAUGAGGCAUGUCAUG